AUGUGUAUAAAUACGCCCGGCUCUUCCUGGGUUAAGAGCUGGUGAGUGCGUCGCAUCGUUGUGCUUGAAACAUUGGAUCAACUCUUUGCGCAGUGCAGUGGUCACUGUUUGAGCCAUGGCGACCACAGCUCCUGACUCCCGUGGCGAUUGCCUACAAAUUUUCAGAGGGACCUUCAUUCACUCUACAGACACGUCCCCUUUGGAGAUCUUGGAGUCUCGUAUUGUGGCAGUAAACAAGUUGGGAAAGAUCGUUUUUAUUGAACCUGCCGAUAAAGAAGAAGAAUUGUCGCAAAAGUGGCAUUUCAAGAGAGAGAAGAUCAGAAAGCUUUGCCCAAGAGAGGAAUUCUUUAUGCCAGGACUGAUUGACACCCACAUCCAUGCCCCCCAAUAUCCCAACAUGGGAUGUUGCCUGGAUCUGCCUCUUCUUCAAUGGUUAAUCAAAUAUACGUUCCCCGUUGAAGCCAGGUUCAAAGACCUGAAGUUUGCAGAGGAUGUCUACACCAAAGUAGUGAAAAAAACGCUGAGAAAUGGUACAACCACCGCCUGCUAUUUUGCCACCAUCCACACGGAAUCAUGUUUAAAGCUUUGUGACAUCAUUGAUAAAUUUGGCCAGCGAGCUUUUGUUGGUAAAGUUUGCAUGGACAUGAAUGACGUUUGUACUGAGUACAGAGAAACAACAUCUGAGUCAGUGAAGGAGACGGAAAGAUUUGUUGCUGAACUGGUCAAACGGAAGUAUCCUCUGGUGAAACCCAUCGUGACUCCCCGAUUUGCGAUCUCCUGCACCCCUGGGUUAAUGAAACAACUGGGAUCAUUUGCAAAUGCCAAUAACUUGCAUAUUCAGAGUCACAUCAGCGAGUCUCGGGCUGAGAUAGCAGCUGUGAAGAAAAUGUUUCCAAAAUGUAAGAAUUAUUCUGAUGUGUAUGAUGUCCACAGUCUUCUGAAUGAUAAGACGAUCAUGGCUCACGCAGUCUACCUCUCUGACGAGGAGCUUGAACUCUUCCAGAGGAAAGGAGCAGGUAUUUCGCACUGUCCAAAUUCCAACACAUCAUUGUGCAGUGGUUUAAUGGACGUACGAAAUGCUCUGAAUCACAAAAUAAACGUGGGGCUGGGAACUGAUGUUUCAGGUGGGUACUCGCCUUCAAUACUCGAUGCUGUACGUAGAGCGACUGAUGUGUCCAAUAUUCUGAGCUUAAACACUGCAGAUUAUCAGAAGCUUUCGCAUGAAGAAGUGUUUCGUCUUGCAACCCUUGGUGGCAGUAAAGCUUUGGGCCUUGAAAAGGUGACAGGAAAUUUUGAGGUGGGAAAGGAUUUUGAUGCUGUUCUGGUCAACACUGGUGUCCCAGGUUCUCCCUUUGAAGUAUUCCAUGAGGACACUCUGCAGGCCAUCUUUCAGAAGUUCCUGUUCUUAGGAGAUGACAGAAACAUGACAGAGAUCUACGUGGCUGGCAAGCAAGUGUUUCCUUGUCCUACAGCUUAGGCUAAUGAUCCCACCUCACCUCUUUAAUAUGGAUUGAAGCAUAUUAAAUCCUUUCAAUCACGUUUUCAACCCCUUGUAUAAGAAGUGCCUUAGUUCUGUCUGCAGGCGCUGUCUUCUUUAUUUUGAUGAUGACGGGUAGUGAGGUUGAGGCUAUAAAAAGCAAUCCUGCUGCUUUCAGCAAGGCUUCAGCUUUAAUGUCUAUCCUUGGGUCUUCUAGGUUUUUUUGCAUCUCCUGUUGGGUUUCCAGAUGUGCCCUGCACCAUCCUUGGAAAAUGGGAGCAGGAUGAUACAGUCAUUCCCUGAUCCAGAACUGUGAGCUCAACUUUCCCUAACUCCAGGAUAUUGAUCUCAAAUGUGGUGCCGAAGGAGUGCCUUGGGUACGAAGAACUGACUUGUUCACAGACCCAUUGAGUGGUACAGCUCCACCAUUCACUUAUAUCAUGCAGAGAUAGAGCAUGGAGGUUGUCCCUUCAGCCCAUCGAGUCAGCGCCAACACAUGGCCUUGCACUAAAUGUUAUUCCCUUAUCAUGUCUCUGUACACAGUAAAUGGCUCGAUUGUAAUCAUGUAUGUCUACUUUCCUUUUCAUUCCUUAUAUCCUACAUUUCCUCCAAAGUCAAAACAUCCCUCGGUCUCAGCCAUGAAUUUGCUCAACACUGAACAUCUGAACCCACUGUGGGAGGGAACUCAAAAUUUGCUUUUACUGAAGAGAUUUUUCUCUGCUGAUUUACAAAUAACCACCCUGACUCCGAGUCCAUGCACCCAAGUCUAGACUCUCCAUCCCGAGGAAUCUUCCCCUCAGCCUCUGCACUAUCAGGAACUUAUUUGCUUUUUUUUUAUCAUGUGUUCAUUUUGUUUUGAGGGCAGUUUCCACCACCCUCCCAGGUAGCUGUUUCAAGACCACAACUCUCCUUGCCUCAUGGAUUUGUUUUGUUUUUGUUUUAUUUUCACAUCUGGCCCUUCUGUUAAUGGAAAUCCUCUCUCCUACACUCUGUCCAAUCCUUUCUAGUAAUCCUCCCAUUAGCCUCCCCUGCUACAAAGUGAACAAUUUUGGCUCUCUAGCUUCCCAAGGGAACAAAAGUCUCUCGUCUCUGGGACCAGUCUGUUAAAACUGCUCUGUAUCCUGUUCAAAACAUUUCCCUUCUUCCUGAAGUGUAAUGCUUGGAAUCAGAAAACGGACAUCUGUAAUCCAACCAGUGAUUUAAUAAAGGUUUAAAUGUAUCUUGCAAAUUUGCAAUUGGUGCCUCAGUUAAUCAAAACGAACAGACAAAAUGUAACUUGAAAAUUUCCUGAUGGAUUUCAGCAAAUGGAUGUACUUGUGGUGGAAUAUUCAUAAAACAAUAAGAACAAUAGCA